UACCGAUACAUAUCGCGUUAAGCGGAAGAGAAAUCUUCGGAAAAGGGCGAUAUAUAUAAUAAUAUGUAUCGCCGCUUUAACACAGUGCCGAGCAAUAGGAGUAUCGUGGAUCAAAUAUUCGUGCUUCCCAUUUAAAAAAUAUAUUUUAUUUUACUCUCCGAUUGGUAUUUUUUCACACUUUCAAGAGCGUCAAAAUGGAGAGAUGCAAGAACGUAUCUCUGGGACGCGCGCCGGAUCAACAACAGCAUCAACAAACUACCAUCGCGGACCAACGUCCCUUCCUAUCGCCAACCACGCCCGCUUGGGGUGAUAGAAACGUGAGCGAACGAUCGACGGAAGAGACUAAUAACAAUUUUGGUUUCUCGUUCAUACCAAGUUUGGAUCCAAGCACACCCAAUUCGAGAUUUCCAACCAAUAUUCUAUCAUCCUCGAGUAAUAGCAUUUUAUCUGCACGCGAAUUAACCGAGAAUACCACGAAUUCGUCUAAUGAUGCCACACAAUUACCUAGGAUUUGUAAAUUAUGCAACUACGUUGUGAAAGAGAGAACGGAAUAUAUCGAGCACAUAAUCAAUCAUUGCACAUUCUCAAAAGAGACAUACGUCGGAGAUUUCUUAAAGGGAUACGUUGAUGAUGAGGAGUUUGAUGAUUCCGGUAACGAAUCACAGAACAAGGGGAGAAAGAAGUCCAAAGUAUCUAGACCAAAACUCUGCAGCAAAUGCAAGUUUACGGCAUCGACGAAGUUGAGCCUUUGGUUGCAUGUGCGUCAGCACUUACUGCAAGACGAAUGUUCUGGCUUCGUUUGCGUUAUUUGUCCGUUUGCCACCACGCUCAAACAUCAUAUGACAUUUCACUGGUUCAGCGCUCAUGACGACUUCAAGGCGUUCACUUGUACGAGAUGUCAAUAUGCAUGCGUGAGCAAAUCAAUGCUAACUAGUCAUAUGAAAACGCACUCCACAGUUUAUCAAUAUAAUUGCGGGAGUUGCACGUACCGGACCAAAUUCUGCAACGCGAUGAAGAAACAUCUGAAAGAUACUCAGCACGUAGCGGGCCCGGUGCUAAAACCAGACGGUACCCCGGAUCCGUUCGCCACCAUCGAUAUUUACAGUAACAAACGUGGGCCCAGACGGAGGCAAGAUACGGAGCCGACAGAAACUACCUCUGUAGAGGACGAGCCGUCAUUUUCGGGGACAAUUCCUCCAGUUUCGGUGGUUCGGACCUCGUCGAUAUCAUCGUCCCCGAUUUCGCUUGUAACCUCGGACUCGCCGGAAUCGAAGAUGCAUGAUGCCACGUCGAUGUCGCCAUUCCGGACGACACCAACCAAAAUAUCGCCAGAGCGACCAUCGUCAACUUCGGUCUCAUUUAAUCACUCCAAUUUUCUGACCAGUAACUUUCUGGCUACGUUUAAUAGAAUGAGAGAUGAGAACGAAGUAGAUCUAAGCGGUAACGAUCCAAGCGCUAACGAGAAGAUCCCAUCGUCAACUACUAUAUACGCCAAGUUUUGUGAUAUGUUGCUUAGUGAUAUAAAGACACGUUCGGAUUUUGAUGAGCAGCAAUGCGGACAAAUGUUACGUAUUUUCUGCAAUACUCGAAAGUUUUUAUCAAAACAUUUUAACUCCUCGGCCGACAUGAUUGAUACGAAUGGAGAUCUUUCUGAUAACGAGGCGAUGGAUACUGACGAACCCUCGAUGUUGACGACGAUGGAUAUUAAUCAAUACUCGACACCCAUGACGCUGACCUCGGAACCUCAGUCGAAAGUGGGAGAAAAUGUAAUUUCAGAUGCGCCAUUGGAUCUUAGUAUGUCCGCAAUGUCAAGAGUAAAAAACCAACUGCAGUUUCAGGAAUCAGUUGCGAGUUCCUCAUCUAGACGUAAAAAUAAGCGUAAAGUGAUAAGGCUAGAAUAUCCUAUAAUAAGUGAAAACGCAAACGAUGAUGAGACACAAACGCAGGACACGAAAAAACCUCGUACGGAACUUUCCCCGUCGCUUCUAGAGGCAGAUUCCGAACGCUGCGUGUCUUUUACACCACGUUUUACAAUCUAA